AUGGCCGUCUACUCCAUGUCACAAGUUUACCCUCCACCAGCCGUCCAAGAAUACAUGAACUUCCUCCUCAACGCCCACUUCAAACACUUGCAAGGCUACAAAGACUCGACCGAGCCUCGACCACAUUCAUCCGUCAACAUGGCCAAGCACACCGGAUUCGCUCAUCUCGAGCCCGCCUAUAACGUCAUGGCAUACGUGACCGGCGCCAACCCCAUCGGUCAGCUCUCGGACGGCAGCCGCCACGACCAUUACGAGCUCAACGCCGGUGCCAUCAGCACCAUCGAGGGCUACGAGGGUGUCAAGCUCCAAGGCCAGAUCGUCAACGGCGGCGACUGGCUAACCAUCGACCCUUCUGGCACGCACGCCCGCGUCAAUGUCAAGACCCUCGUCAAAACCGCAGAGGGCGGCACCGUCGGCGUCAACUGGACCGGCCAUUGUGAGGUGGAUGAGAAGAUCACGGCUAUCUUCAUGCAGCAAGCUGAUGCGGCCACCACGCCUUUCGGUAAUUUGACUAGCUAUGUCAGUCUGGAGGGUCCCGGCAUGGAUGGCUCAUGCUUUGUUGGCAGCGGCCGCUUCGUGCUGGAGGAUGGCAAGAUGGCUGUGCAGACGUGCAUCUCGCGCGUUGUUGCUCCUCAGGAAAUGUAG